AUGAAAACUGCUCCCCCUCCUGGUGGAAGUGCAGCAGCCCAACGUCGUGCGGCCGAAUGGCACGACCAAAUGAGCUGGAAUAUCACUGAAGAAGAGCAAGGACAGGUGAGAAAGUACCUUGAUUACGAAGGGGAGUUGGGUGAACCCUUGGUAUUUCAAGAUGGCACCUUGCGAGCAUAUCUACGUGGUAUGUCUGGUUUGUUCAUGGAAAUGACAAGUCAUCCUCCUAUCACAGAUGAUAUCGAGCCACCCAAGUGGACGGCAGUUGAUGAACUUGGAGAGGAAGAUCUGGUCUCAGAUGAUGAUGAGACAAGGUCAGAAUAUAGUGACUCUCUCCCGCCACUUUACGAGCAGAUUGAAACCGAUCCGUUAAUGACCUCAAGUAAGAUUGGAAGUCUCAGAUCUCCACCUGGGACAGUUCCCAAUGAGGAACCAAGCAGGAAGGGAGUACCUGAAUCUUCAUCUUGUUCGGAAUUAAGUCUGAGCACCCCUCUUGAAUCUUCAUCCGGGAUAGUUUUGAAUCCCUACCGACGUAUUUGUGAUAUAGGUUCUGGGCUGUAUGUAGGACCCGGGCGGAGACGACCUGGUUUUAAUGAGUGUAGUAGGGUGCAAGGUCGGAAGCCUUUGGGACAAACUUGGGUGGGAAAUUAUUGCCAAGACGGAGAUGUAAAAAAGGGGAGUGGUGUCGAAGGAUUGGUACCAGGCGUGGUACGGAACGGAGCCGCCUCGUUGAAGAAGGCUACCGCAGCGUCCGUAAAGAAACGCCGUCGUUCUCAUGGUUCUCGUUCUCCUGUAGCUCGUUCUACUCGACCUGUUGCCGCCGCUGGACCGUCCACCGAACGUAUUGGUCAAGGUCCUCAAGAUUCUCCCGCACCCCGUCACCUAACUCCUUUUCCUCGUGAAAAAACUCCCAUUGGUGGUCCCUCAUUCCCUUCUACCCCUCUUCGCGAAGUUCCUCCCAACGUGGAAUACCAAACCCCUAACAAUCGUAAAAUUAAGGGUGGUGUCGAGGCUUCCGGACCCCCGUAUCGUGACGGUCCAGUAGUUGUUGUUCCCAAGCCGGGUGGUCGUCAGAAUUCUUAUCACGAUAUUGUUCUCCAACCCAUCGAUGUUUCUUCUGUGAAGGUGCAACAUUUUAUCAAAUACCUUCGUUCUUGGAAAUCAACAAAAGCCGAGUCGACAAGGGCGAAAGUUGAUCCUGUUCUCGAAGUUCUUGGUACCGAAGGUACCAUCGUUGGGUAUGCCUCACAACCGUGUGAUUGCUGUGAAGACAUGCUAGCCAAACCUACUCGUUGGCAAGAUUUUACAAAGAAGUGGCCCUGCUUAGUUCCCGUCAUUCGUUUCCUUGGUUCUGAACAAUACCAUAUCGGUGGACAGUGUUGUUUGUUAACUUUUAGCUGUUACUGGUGUCUAGUAGAUCAAGGUACAUGUUCUUUUGCUAUCGAUUCUCGUAUUGGUCCCCGAGACCAACUGAAAUUGUCGCUGUCUCAAUGGAGAACAAUGUACCGAACCCUCGAUAAAGCCAUGGCGAAUAUAAUUCUCUUGGAUCACCGUUUUGGCCGGGACAUCGACAAAACUGAUGAAAAUGCGGUUAUGGUUGGACAACAAGUGAAUGAUGUUUAUCGUAGUGUGGGUGAACUUUGUCAAGUGGGUGUUCCUUUCCUACCACAUGUAGUUCCUGACCUUCAGAAACUCAAUGAUUGUAAAAUUUCUGGUCCCGAUAAUCGUCUUCCGGUCCAAACUCGUUUUGGCACCGAGUCUCAUAUCCAAAUCCCUGACCAUAGUCACUUCAACUGGAAUUUCGCCCCCAUGCCUGACAAGAAGAAGAGGGUAGCCCCCAUCUUAAAAAUUGGUUCGUCCUCCAAGAAGUCGAAAAAGUCGAAAGGAAAACAGAAGGCUGUCCAAAAUUUCGAAUCAGACACUGAACCGUCGGACGGGGAGCAUGAAGAGACUGAAGAAGACGAUGAUAAAUCCAGUUCGUCAACUUCGGAUACUGACCCAGUGGAUUACGAAGCAGGUGACAACAUUGAGGAACCGGAUGCGUAG